UGUGUUUGCCAAACUCGAUAGACGGGAAGCCCACAGCUCUCCAACCAGUCAGGUACUUCUUCCGUUUCGGCUUUGACUUAGAGAGAGAGAGAGAGAGAUGGCGACGUCUUCAAGAAGAUCUAGCGGGCCGGUGCUCCCUUUCCGGCGUUCGAUCUCGCCCGGAGGAGGCGGUACUGCCUCCGCCUUCGCCUCCUCCUCCUCCAGCUUCACCGCUCACUCUCAAGCCUCCUUCUUCCACCACCAUCAACACCACCGAUCCGCCUCCCCCACCCGUGUCCACUUCGUCGGCGCUGCUCAUCCCCCAACCCCCUCCGUCCGUCUGUCCUUCGACCGGUCCACCUCCCCUGGCCGCUCCCUAGCCGCCCCCGACAAGCGAUCCGUAGCCCCUGCCGCCGCUCCCGCCCGCCGCACCUGUCUCUGCUCCCCCAGCACGCACCCUGGAUCCUUCCGCUGCAGCCUCCACAAAGGCCUCAACCUGCACCACCACGGCCACGUCGCCGCCUCUUCGCCGUCCAAUAGGCUCAACGCUCGACGGUCCGCUAUGACUAACUCGCUGGUCCGGAUCGGGGCCGUGGAGGGCGAGUGGGUAAAGCGCGCCCUCGCUGCUCUCAUCCGCCCCUCCUCCCACCAGCAGCGGCGGCGGGCGGGCUUCCAACCCCGCCCCAGCCGCCUCUCCCGGAUGUCCAAGGCCGACGAUCUCUGAUCCCCGCCGUCCGAUCCACAGAUCUCGUACCAGGUUCGUAAAUAUCAUUCAAAAUAAUAAAUAUUUCAUCACCUCUCCUCAUCAUCACCGCGGAGAUUCGCCGGCAACCGCGAUCCAGAUCUUGGAGCGUUUCGGAGCUCGGAUUUUUCGGAUUACUUCAUUUUGUUCAUAGCAUUUUGUACCAAGAAAGACAGGGAAAAAUAAUAUCUCGAGUGGGGCGGCGAACAGAUCAAGCCGUUCGUUUGUACAUACUCUUUUGUGGCAGGCGUUGAUGCUGCCAAUUGAACAAACAGAUUGAGUCGAACCGAGAAUAACUCCUUGAAGUAAAA